AUUAUCGCAUUCUGUGCGAAAGAACUAUUAACCUCAACAUUAUCGAUGCGUCAGCAUACUUGGUCACUUAAAACAUUUAUUUGGGUGAAAUCAGGUGGCUAAUUAAUCAUCAGCGUGAGUAGAAAGCGAGAGGAUGGGGGUGAAAAGGAAGAACCGAUGGAGAGAGAGUGAGUAAGAAUGAGAGUGAGAGUGUGAUGAAGGGGAAAGAGGGGGAGAAAAGAGAGAGAGAUCGCGGGAUCUUUGUUACGAGUUGAACCGAAUCCCAAUGUACUUGGCGCGAAACUCCGUCCGAUCGGUUGCUAUCAGCGAAGGGCGACGAUUAACGAAGCAAGAGAAGGACGAGGAGGGCGCGCGUGAUCAACUUGGUGCUGUCGCGCGCACUCGAGCGCAGCGCUGACGGCACGUAAACGCGUUGCCGCCGCGACUAAUAAUCAAGGAGUUGAUUUUCCGAGCGUGAUUUGUACGUCGAGGUAGGUUCGCGAUCCGGAGGUGCAAAAGGGUCGUGCGUACGUAUAUAAAGUUGGUGCGUGCGUGCGCAACACAAGGCCGAGUCGGCUUUUCUCGUGUCCGUCCGAGCUCGGGUAAUUCGUACUUGGGCGAGCCGUGCGCGAGAGAAAGAGGGAAAAAUAGAGUAGUCGGAGGGAGGGUAGAGAGCGUGGAAGGGAAGCGCGAGAGGGAGCGAGAUAGACACGCUUGUGGCGCGUUCGCGAGAGAGCGCACGCAACGUUGCUCGGUUCCGCAGAGAGGAAGCGACCGAAGUACGGAGCGAACGGACGGACGGGACGAGACGCAUCGCCGCCACCGUUGUCGCUCGUUGUGCGUUGUCGAAGUCGAUUCGCAGAUCCGGAGGGGAGUGUGUGGAGUCUCUCGCCGCGUCCUCGUUCGUUCCCGCCUGACGCAUCGGGGUGUACAUCGGGGUUGCUGCCGCCGCUAUUGCUGAUUCUUCUUGCUGAGGAAUGUCAGCAGAAACGAAGCUGCGAGCAGACCACCUGCCGGAAAGCAUGGAGAUAUCGAAGAGCCUGCAGGAGGAGAUCUUCUCCGUGCAAAACAAACUGCAGAACGCGAUACUCGAGCAUCAGAUAAAUGUGAGAAGGCUGAAAGAGGAUCCAAAUAACCCAGACAUCCUCGGUCAGAUACAAAAUAUUCAGGUAUACAUCGUUUCAUUGGGAAGAUGCCAGAAGCAAAUUGUGCAGCGACUGCGCAGAGAGGUGGAAGCGUCCAAGGCGGAGAACGCGAACGGAUCAAAAGUUUCCAUACCGUCUCUUCUGGGCCUGAAUAACAAUAAUCACAUUACAAACAACAAUGAGACGAAGCAUGAGACUGCCGCCAAUGGCUUCGAGACGAAAUCUUCGAAAGAGGAUUACGAAGAAAUUGUUAGAAACGGCGAUGUCCAUCAUUCACCGCCGCAAGAUAACAAUUGCCCGAAACGGCGCCCUAGCUCGGUGGAGACCAUCUCUGGCGAAGACGACAUCGUCGAGAUGUCGAUGGACGAAAACUCCAACGAGAAGGAAGAGAUGCAACAAGAAGCAAGCCAAGUACAAGAAGAUUCAAGCGAGAUGCAGCAAGAAGCAAGCCAGAUGCAAAAAAAGUCUAGCAUCAUCGAAUCACCGGAACAGCAGAAUUUUCUGUAUACCAUAGGGCUCAUUACUAAGUCUAAAUGCAUAGAGCUUCAGAACAAAAGAGUAGAAAGAAAGCGUCGUAGCACGGCGAACCCGCAUUUUGUAUACUCCAUGCUUGAACAACCAUCUAAACGGAAGAGACAUUCAUACUUGCAAUCCGGAAACGCGCCUCACACUCGGCAGACGACCGCUCGUAUGAACGGUCCAUCGCCGCCACCUAACAAAACUCAACCGACUAAGUCCAUUUCUCCACCGACUCAAACGAUAACGAAGGCGCUGAUCCCAUUUCAAAAGUCUAGUACUAGGCCAAAUAUUCUGAGAAACGCGGACAGUAGAAUUUUCGGGAAAAGUAAGAUCGAAGACAGCCAAGCGCGAUCGUCCGCAUCUAGUGCCAAAUCCGUUCAAUCGAUAGGCAACAAGGCUGUCCAUAUACCCGGAUUACCGGCUAGCUUGACCAUCGAAAGGAUCGGAAGUGAUUCAAUCGUGUGCGUUAGUUGUAGAAACCCAGGCUCAUUAACGAUAUGUAAAAAUUGCUCAAGUAACUAUCACGUUUCCUGUCACAUUCAAUCACCAGCUCCACCCAGAAUAUGUCCCAAAUGUGCAAUGGAUGAGGAGGAAGACAUCGAAAAGGACGAAGAAAUGGAGAUUAAGGGCCAAAUGGAAGGAGAGAAUAAACUGCAUCGUUACAAAAAGAACGAAAAACUCGUUGCAACAGCGUAUGCGUCAGGAAUUGUUGGGAAAGCAAGAGAAGACUCAGAAGUCUAUAAAACGGUUGGUGGACUUCAUAAAGCUGAUACAACUCAGAAAAAACGCACCCUCUCCACCGUCCCAAUCGGCAUCAAUCAGCUGUCCGCCUCAACCAUCCUCAUCCCACUCACCUCCACUUCCGUCGACAAGUCAGAAGACGACAAAUUUACCUCGAUCGCCAAUACCGAACAACGACAAGACACCGUACCUCGCAACCCUCACAACCUCAAGCAGCACGCACGAUCGGGCAUCACCGACGUCCAAGUCGAAAAUCAGAUGUCCCACUCCUACCAGUUGCCCAGUAGCACCACCGUCCAACCAGAAAAGCAUCAAUCAUAUCUCAUCGUCAAGAAGGUCACCGAGUCGACCGGAAGGCACGAUAAGUCUGCUGACGGUGAAGCCGAAGACAAAAGCUGUUCCAAAGUUUACAACUAUCAACUGCCGACCGGUUGCACCGCUACCCUUACAUCCCACUUCGCCACCAACUCCCUGUUCUACGAUCGUAACGUCCGUAAGAAGCAAAUCAAGCGCACAAUCCCACUCCACCGUAUCACCGUAUCAAAACUGUCAAAUUCUCUUCUCCCCAAACCGAACGACUAUCAACUGGACCGAGCGACCCUCAACGGCAGAAAGCCCUGGGCCAAACUCACACGUGGCAAACUCUGCGUCAACCAGCCAGCAACCAGACCUGCUACAGAAAUCUUAUUGUCUUCCUACAGCGACGCUGAAAGCAGCGGUAACGAGCAGCUGCAGUACCGACCGAAGUCAAUUGGAUCGGCGGAGGAGUCAAGAGCAGCAGCGAGCUUCGAUGGUCGUGGUAAGCUCACGCCAAGAGCCGGCACCCUCAUCCACUCACUGUUCCCAGGCCAUAACAAGCCCUAUACCAUCACCAGUCGUGCACGCGAGCCACGAGGCUUCGGCCCAAACGACCGAGACUAUCCGCUCCUGCGACAGCAUCUCUGCGGCGGGGAGUACGAGCUGGUGCCGCACGAACAGUCAGACGGCGGCAAGCCAGAAGCCCAGUUCCAGCGACGCGCCCUCACCAAGUUCUUCGAGCACGUGAAAUUGGAAGAAGCGCAUUUACCAGCGCCAUUUAGAACAAAGCUAGCACACCAGGACGAGGUCGACGACAACGACGAAAUUGUUGUCCAGAAGGGCGAGCGUGACCAACGGUACGAUGAUGCUGGUGCCGUUACUGAAGCUCCACUGUUAACCACGUCGUGCGACGCGAACCGGGACCGUCCGGCCGACCGCUUUCCUUGGAUAGUGCACGACACGGUUUCGAGAAGCUCUAGCGAAGACAACAACGCUGCAGACAGAUCGCUCCUUCAUGCCUCGGACGUGGCCUCGACGCACUCCGACGACCUCACCGACUACGAAUUUGCUCGCGUUAACGCACAAUCGUCACGUAUGAUGACUUCUCGGCAAUCGAUGGAGUGCGAGAACGAUCAACCGGCAACCAGUGUCUCCAUAAAGCAGCGGAAAGACGACGGAGCGCCGGUGGCGACGUUGCACAUCGCACAAAGCAAUCUUUCGGAGCUUCGUAAUGAGGUCUCAGUUCCUGACGAUAAGGCUGACACCGAGAGACAAGACUUACCCAGUGGUAGGCGAUCGAGAAGCAGAAGUAACAGCAGCGGCAGCAGCGGCAGCAGCGGCAGCGGCCACAGCGACACCCCGGAGCAAGCGAUGAGCAAUACGAAUAAUUUCACGGACGACUUUGAAAUUCUGGCCAUGGGUAUCGUUUCUCCGAGGGAAAAAGAAGAGGAGCACGAGUUAGCAAUGGCGCGCGAGAUUGAUGUUGCAGCGACGCCGCCACUGGCUAGACAUAGUUAGGCUAGACGACGUUAACGUUGCCGAUCGUGCUCAUCGUUAACGCUUUGCUCGCUCCGAAACUCGCAGUAUCUCGAUGACACGUUCGUCUUUUUUUUUUCUGCGUAUCGCGCGUCAAUCGAUUGCGCUAGAAUUAAUAGCAAUUGUCAGUAUACGAUCGCGUUGUACCCUAUAUAUAUAUUUUACAACGACAACAGCGACAUCCUGGACAUUUUUAUGCCGGUUGUCGAUACGAUCACAUACCGCAUCUUUUCCACCGCACCGUGGCCUACGACGUGAAAAUGUUCUUGCUACAACUUUGCAUUAGUCGUUCGAUCUCUUCGUUGAUUUUCUUUAAAAACUUGUUCGAUAAUUUCGCAAUUGAAAAUAUUAGAAAUACAGACUAGACGUUUCUUUUCGCAAAACUAUAUUUUUUUUUUUAUAUAUUUCUGCAUAUUUGUUGAAAGUUUGAUAAAGAGGAAUAUCCUAUUGCUAAAUAUUUAAUUUUUCACACAUUGUGAAAAUGAAAUGUGGUGAACAUCAGUUAUAUUGUCGAUUAUGUGACGUUACUGAAUCUAGAAAUAUGAUCUAUUUCGUGAAUUAGCGAAGAUAAUGAGACAAAAGAGAAUUUGUUUUCUCGAUAUCCCAUAUGUAUAUCUAUACAUAUAUAUAUAUAUAUAUAUCCCUGCGAUAUUUGUGAUCCUGCGACUAGAGAAACGAGCACAUAUCUGAGAUGUCGCACAGUUACGUCACAGUUACAGAGUGACCACGGGAGGAAGCCUAACUUCUACGUAAAUCAAGUCACAUUACCAUACUGCCUUAAUAGUAAAGUAAAAGUGGUACUUUUAUAAAGAAAAAAAGAAUCGGCAAUCUCCCCGAUAAAUGCGAAUCGCGGUGCAAUUGAAUGAUCGGCGAUUGGAGAUGACGGUGAAACAAUACGAUUAAUCAAAUUCUCGUUACCAUAAUCGAAAGCGUAGAUAUUAAGAGCCAUCGUUUGUAAGUUCCGUAAAGCGACACGAUGAAACGGGUCAUCCUGUUUCUCACGAAAGUUGCAUCCUUUCCGAAGGUAAUGUUGUGACAAAAAGAGAGAGAGAGAGAGUGUGUAUGUGUGUGUGUGUGUGUGUAUGUAGGCGUGUGUGUAAGCGAAUAUCGUAUUCCGUUAGGACGUAUGCGAACUUUGACGAUGUUUCGUUGAUUUUACUUUGUUUUUCGCCCGAAUAAGAUAGAGCUGUGAUCUUCUGCAGCAUUUUCCUUCAAGCGGGACCGAAAAAUAAUUGUUCAAAAAUUAGAAUUACUUUGCUAUGAAAUGUCGACAAGAUUACUAUUAUGACUGUCUAAAAUUGAGUUACACAAGCCAAUUGAUCUAUUUAUUUCGUGUUAUAUAAUGUUGGUUUUUGAGCAUUAUCACGCUGGCUUGCCCAACAUUUAUAUUUAACUGCUGUAUAAAACUAAGGAAACAAUUGUUAUGCAAUGUAGGCAACGAGAUAUUGAGAUCGAAAUUCGUAUUUUUUAUGGAAUAAAAAACCACUUAAGCAGCA